CCAUUCCGAAUUAGAUCCGCACAACUCGCAGACUCGCUAUCGUAUGUGUCUUGGGUAAGUAAAUAUGACACAUCCACUUAGUGCGUCGCUGAUUAGCUUCAGGAGCCCCAAGAGCAGGCAAGGGUAUCUCGUAUACUCGACUUCCCAAACAAUUCAACUUCGUACGUUACUCCGUCGACGACAACCUGCGCGUGUGGACGCGUAAGAACCGCCACACUCACCUCGCGCUUAGUAUUGAAGACAAACUGGACUACCAAGGCUUCCUGAGCUCCAAGACCUCAACCCUUUUUGAUGCCAUCAGAGGCGCUAUCAUACUACUCGGCCAAAUGUUACAGGUGUUAUGUUUGAUAGAUAUCCACGCUGUAUACAGCAGCUGGAGUUUUUCGAUAUGGGGACUGCCCGGAACGAUUUGUCGUUGGAGACAAACGAAGAUUCUCACGACGGCAUGAGACCAGUGCCGCAUAUCAUGCUCUUCUUUGACGUUACGAGAGAGAUUGCGAGGGCAUGGUAUUUAGGCCGAGCACGAGAUGCCGAGUACAGCGAGGAGAAAUUUGACAAGCGCUUUGCGAAGUUUGAGGUCGAGACUCUGCCUGUUGUGGAGAGGUACAGAGGGAAGUGUAUCUUGAUAAGUAUUAAGGCAAAUGGUACGAAAGAUGAGACAAAUGAAGCGAUGCAAACACCAUUGGGGAGUACGAUGUGGCAGAGAGUGGGGUUCGAGAAUUCACGAGAGUAGAGGGAUCAUUGGGCCUUGCUCGUGCGAUCGAGAGGGCCCACAUCACCGGGGAAAAGACGAUGUCAGUUCUGCUCCGGUACACAAAAAGAGAA